AUGUUCACCAAACUCACCUUCUCUCUCAUCUCCUGCUACUUCAACGCCCUGCUAGCCAUCCUUGGCAAUUCCCUCCUAAUCUCAUUAAUCAUCCGAAAGAGUCCUCGAUCCAUGGGCAACUAUAAAUACCUUAUGCUUUUAUUCUCAAGUUUUGGUGUGGUAUUUGCUAUCAUUGAUGUCACAAAUCAACCUAUGCUUCACUUUUUCAAUGGCGCUUAUAUAAUCUUCAGUAGGAAUGUGUUAGGGUUGCCGAGAAGGAUUAGUUUUUGGUAUAUCGCCUUGAAUUGUGCCUGCUACGGGAUGAUCAUGCUUCUGCUAGUCUAUCACUUUGUCUAUCGCUAUCUUGCUGUAUGUAAGCCACACCGCUUGGAAUUGUUCUCUUGGCCGUAUUACAACAUUCUUAUUAUAAUUUUUGUGGUUGUUAGCCUGGAAUGGUGGAUCGUUGCUAUAUUUGUGGCAGGGGAGAAUCCAGAGGUAGAAGGGCAUAUCCAGGAGACAAUGGCUGAAAACUAUGGGUUGAAUGAUGUCAAGGAUUAUACAUAUGCAAGUUCCUGGUUCUAUAGAAUCGAUAGAAUCACCGGCCAAGAGUAUGCUAGUAUCCCUGAUUUCUUGUUUUUAGCAAAUCUAGGAGUUAUUAUUACCUCCGGCUUCUCUACCAUCAUCUACUGCUGGCUCCGUCUCCGUCGGGAGCUCAUCCAAUCCGCACGGGAGCUCCAAUCGAUAUCCCAACGGACGCUAGAAAUGCAGCGGCAACUCUUCCACUCCCUAAUCGCCCAAACCCUUUUCCCAGUGUUCCUAAUGUUUAUCCCGGCUGGAAUUCUGUUAUGCUUCCCGAUUCUUAAAAUGAAUAUGGGACCGGUAGAAGUUGUGAUCCUUCCGCUGAUCACUACUCAACCGUUCAUGGAUGCCAUUGUACCAAUGUGUUUUAUUAAGGAUUACCGGAUGGCUAUUUUGAAUUUUGUGAGGAGAAACAAGAAUCGAGCGAAAGUUCACACGGCAUCGGAUUUGGUCGAGGAUCGGUCGGCAACUAAUUCUAGAGUGUUUUCAUUGAGAGCGUAA